AUGUUAGCAACCAGGCGUUCCGCUGCCACUGCAAUUAUCCGCGCUAGUCGCCGUGCGGCGCUAUUCCACAGCACAAGGCCUUCCUUCGUCAAGGUUGGAGAUGGAUUGCCGGACCUUGAGGUGCUAACCGAGAACUCACCUGGCAACAAGGUCAAUUUGGCAAAGGAGUUAAAGGAAGGGAAAGGUUUGAUCAUCGGAAGUCCAGGUGCAUUUAGCCCCGCAUGUUCCGCCGCAUAUGUUCCCGGCUUCGCCAACCAUCCGAAGCUGACGGGUGCCGGCAAAGUAUUCGUGGUGUCUGUCAAUGAUGCAUUUGUGACUGGCGCGUGGUCUAAGGUGAUUGACCCAGAGCAGAAGAGCGGGAUCCGAUUCCUGGGAGAUGCAAAUGGAGAGUUUACCAAAGCUCUGGAUCUAGACUUUGAUGCGAGCUCAAUUUUCGGCAACCACAGGAGCAAGCGCUAUGUUUUAGUGAUUGAAGACGGGAAGGUUCAGAAGACAUUUAUCGAACCCGAUAACACUGGCCUUAAUGGUAAGAACAUGCGCGACAAAGCUCCCCGAAUCUUCGCAAAAGGUAGUUAA